UAAGUCCGUCUAUGCGCUUUUCUUGUCCCUGUUUUCCCCUGCGCGCCUCCCUCUUUUCGCCAACCAUUAUAUUUCUCCCUCAGUCGCUGGUCGUAACGAAUUUGUUUGAUCUCUACUAGCACUAGUACUAGUCGUAGCUAGCCAAGGAUAUGUUUCAUGGGGUGGGGUUCAUUUAUUUAACAUCCAUGAUCCAUCCAUCCCUGUGUGAAGCGUGCUGCUGAUCAGCGAUCAGCCGCUAGCUAGAUGUACGUGUUGUAGGUGUGUUUGAUCAAACCCACCACCCAUUCUGAUUUAUUUGGCCUUUUAUUCUUCUCAUGAACAUGAAACCAGUGAAAUAAGAGCUCGCUGUGUCAAGUGUCAUGGAUCAAAGACAGAAAGGAUCAGAGGCAGAGCACAUGAAUCAGAGUAGCAUUGCGCCGCCCAGCAAAAGCUGUGCAGAUUGCCACACAACAACAACACCACUAUGGAGGGGAGGUCCAGCUGGGCCAAGGACUCUUUGCAAUGCAUGUGGGAUUAAAUACAGAAAGAGAAAGAGGGCUCUUGUUGGUUUAAACAAAGGAGCAACUGGAACAGAGAGGAGGAAACACAAGACUAUUGGAGCCCCUUUGAAGCUGGGAUUGAUGUCUAUGGAAAGAGAAAUGGUCGAAGUGGUGUUACACUUCCACAAGAGGAAGUUGAAAGAAGAAGAAGAAGCCGCUAUACUGUUGAUGGCCCUAUCUUGUUCUAGUGGCACUGGCGGCGCCGUCUGUGCUUAAAACUCUGUUUCCUCACUCUUGUAUGUAUGUAAAUUCUAAAUGAUGCUUUUGCAGCAGCUGCCAAUUCAUUUGUAUGAAGUUUUGCAACAUUCAUGCAAACGAAAAGCCUCCAUUUCUUUGCUUGAUGGU